GUAUUUUUAUAUUUAUUUAUAGAUCCAUUGGAAGAAAAAUGCACUUUAUGGUGUAAUGUGUAUUAUUCGACGUCCCUGUUGCUGCUCAAGCCGACCUUUUCUCUUCAACGAAGGAUCGAACUUCCCGGUGAAGUCAAUCAGCUCGUCUCCCCUGGACGUGUUUGGAUUCCGCACCAAAUGCUGUUGGUGUGUCCCGCUCAAAGUUGCUUCUGUACUGAUAUGCUUGCUUACUUUCAUCUGGGCUACCCUGGAGCUUUUGACUGCAGAAAAGUUUCUAAAAAGAUUGAUAGAUGACAAAGAUAUCGUAUUUUUCCUGAAGAUAGUCUACUGGGUCAUAUCUAUAGGUCUAAUGAUAGCCGCUGGAAUACUUUUACUGGGAAUUAUGUUGGAUAAAUACCUCUUCGUAAACAUUUACGUAUGGUACGUGCUUGUAUUUACAUGUCUGGUGGUGGUGGUGCACUUGGCAGGCUCUAUCUUUGCUAUAGUCAAGAUGGACGCCGUGACUAAACGGUUUGCCAUCAAGCUUGCACUGGCCACUCUAUGUGGUCUUCUAUUUCCUAUUGAUAGUGAAUAG